AUUAUUUGUGAAAACAGUGCUUAGUAUUUUUCUUUGAUUCAUUACCCAUAUUUAAGUGCGUCUUGCACGCCGUACGCAAUGAGUCAUCUGGUUUUUCUUCAGUUUUAAUAAAGUAGCUUUUCAUUUGUGUACCUUUCGAAUUAUUUUUUUCGAGAAGCAGAAUGAGUAAUUCAACUUUUUCAGGGCAUCGUUACCGUUUACAUGUUGUCAACCUAGAAGUCUUCCUAUGAAAUAGCUUUGAGCGGUCGCUAAAAAUGGCGCUUCCUCUCAUGUGCACUCACGCGCGAAAUGUUACAGCGUGGGUGUAAUUUCCCACCAAACACAGAAUUUAGAAGGCUGUAUAUCACGCUUAGACUACUUCACUUGUCGUGUCGCUAGGACAGCCCAGCAUGGCGCCAGUUAUUGUGUGGUUGGUGUUUAAGGUGCGGUAAUGACAUGACUUAUGAUAGGGGUCAUUAUCCCAACCUGUUAAUUGACAGAUACGGAGUGAAUGAUAGUGAUUUGCAAUGUAUAUCCUUCGGCUUUUGUAAUUGUUAUCCUCUGCGCCACUGCUGUACUGUUCAAUCGCAAAGGAAUCAAAGCUGAGGGAAUUGAGGAGACUUCAGAGUAACUUAAUCAUAUCAGGAAACUGUGGGCCAUUAAUUAAAAUACUCGGAGGCAAUACGGGCUGUGAUAUUUACGGGUAAAAGAGUGGUGUUGCAGAAAACUGACAUUUAUAGCAUCCUCUGCGAAGUAUAUUAUAAGAAAUAAUUUAUUCACCUGAGAACCUAAUUUAACUGAGGCAGUGGCCAAUGUAAAGAAUAAUAAUUCUUGAGUUGCAGGUGUAGAGAUAGUAAUUUAACGUUACAAGAUUCUGGGAGUUAAGAGUGAAUGCACUUUGUGUUUGAAACAGAGCAACAGAGCGUACGGCUUCUUUGAGAUAGUUUGAUAUGCUGCAAUAUCUGUGAACAGUGAUACAUUUCACUGGAGGAUGAAAAGCUUUUCCUCUGGAUAAGUCACUCCAAAAUGCGCUACUCGUUAUUGUCUGAAAAGACUGAAAAUAUACAGUGCUGACAAUUGCUGUGCUACAGCCUAGUGAUGUAUCAUGCAAUGUUCCCACCUCACAUGAUUGCUCAUAUCAUAGGACAACAGCAACAGCAGCAUCAGCAGCAGUUGAGUUAUUCAUCAGAUAACCGUGGUGGACGUUACUGCUAUAAUAUUAGCCCAUUUGAACAAAUAGAGUUGCUGCGCGGGCUUGUCGCUCUUGAUAUGCCUCCAGUCCGCAAUAACCGUGGGUAUGGAAGGGGCAGCCAUUCACCACUAAUGCCUCCCCCAAAUACUUUAAAUUAUCAUGCCCCAACUACAAUCAAUGUGAAGAACUGUUGGAACAAAAAUUUCUCACGGCAACCACGCUGUGCUACGAGGCAGCUAAGCUCACCACCUCGCAGUAUUGCAGCCGACUCAGAUUCUGGCUUUUCUUCACGUUCUCCUACACCGAUUACGCAGCAGGGUGAAAAUACGGAAGAUUCAGCUGACAACAGCAAUAAUAAUACAUCUGUUGCACGUGAUUCUAAUAAGGGCAUCAAGAGGCUACAUGAUGUGCAUGGUGGUGGCUGCUCUUCUGGACAGCCACAACAAACAUUUUAUCAACAGCAGAAGCACCAACAUCACCCUCACCACUAUCACCUUCACAGUCACCACCAACAUCAGCAACACCAGCCACCAUAUUACCGCAGUGGGAACAAUGGCAGUUACCAAAAUAAGCGGCAUUAUAACAACAGUGGCAGCAGCAACAGUAACCACCAGAGGCAACAGUAUACUCAGGCACUGCCUUUGCGGCACCCCAUCCAGCAGCAGCAGCAGCAGCAGCAGCAGCAGCAGCAGCAACAACAACAACAACAAUUGCAGCAGUCACAGAGGCAGUCACGUAGGCGCUUUUUUCUGCCUUUUCACUCUGGUGGAUGUGGGCCACCUGUCUUUACAGCACCUGAUCAUUUCCUCGCACAUGCACAUCUCAUGCAGGUUGCUGCCUCACCACCUCCUCCCCGACUUACAAAUGGUUCUCAGUGGGAUAAGCUGUCGCAAGACAUUUGGGAGAAGUUCAUUGAAAAUCAACAGACCGAGGAGACUUACAAAAAGAAGAUGCUUCUUUGGAAACAUCUUUAUAUCUUCAUUAAGAAGGAAUUUCCACGCUAUGGCCUGUUUCUUGUGGGAUCUACCAUGAGUGGAUUUGGAAGUGAUAAAAGUGAUGUUGAUAUGUGUCUUAUUGUGAGACACACUGAAAUUGAUCAGCGCAAUGAAGCAGUCCGUCAUCUUGAACAGAUGCUCCACUACUUGAGGUGCUGUGAUUUUGUGGAACGUCCAGAGCUGAUACAAGCUAAAGUGCCUAUUCUUAAGUUCAGAGACACUCAGUGUGACUUUGAAGUGGAUCUUAACUGUAACAAUGCUGUGGGAAUCCGCAACACACAUCUACUUUACUGCUAUUCUCAGAUGGAUUGGAGAGUUCGACCUCUUGUGUUAAUUGUGAAACUUUGGGCCCAUGCCCAUAACAUAAAUGACGCAAAGAACAUGACAAUAUCAAGUUAUUCCUUAGUGUUGAUGGUAAUUCACUUUUUGCAAUGUGGAGUUGCUCCCUCAGUGUUACCUUGCCUUCAUGAAAUAUAUCAAGGAAAAUUUAGUCCGCAUUCCGAUAUACAUAGAAUCAACAUUCAUGAAGAAUUACGGCCUUUCCAUUCAGAUAAUGUUCAAACACUGGGUGAACUGUUUGUUGAGUUUCUGCGCUACUAUGUGGAGUUUGAUUUCAGCCAGUAUGCUAUUUCUGUGAGAGUUGCUGGAAAGAUCCCCAUAGAAGAAUGCCGUCACGUGCGGUCUUACAAGAAUGAUCCUCAUCAGUGGAAAUACUUAUGUAUUGAAGAACCGUUUGAUCUCACCAACACUGCCCGUUCUGUGUAUGAUCGAGACGUAUUUGAGAAAGUGAAGCAAGUGUUCCAGGAUUCUUAUGAGAAGCUGAAGAAAACCCGUGAUAUUGUAAGCAUUUUUUGAAUGGACAGGGGAAGUCGUAGAAUAAAUGAACUUUUGUUAAUGGACUGCUUUUGUUUUUCAUG